CUAACCUCCUCCCUCCCCUAAUCCAUUCUUCCUCUUCCUCUGUAAAACCCUCAGGUGCCACUCCCGCCGUUCACACUUCUCCGGCGGCUACAACUGAUAACCAGCACUGUUCUUCAGUUCUCUCCUCUUCUUUCCAUGGCGACCAUGAGAUUCUCUACUAAUCUUGAGUUCAAUGGCUGUUUAACUAAUUUGAACAGCCCUUAUUCUCAGCCGAACUCGAGCCUCACCAAGCCGUUUUUAUGCGUUCAAGCGUCCAAAGGUUUAUCCGGGAAUGAGUCGAUUCAAUUUUCAGUAAAACCUAGAGGAUUUGGGAGGAUGGGAGUUGGCUCUUCUUUACCAAAGAGGAUUUCACGUGUAGAGGCAAAAGAAGGUCUUACAUAUAAGGAUGCUGGAGUAGACAUAGACGCUGGUACAGAGCUUGUGAGGAGGAUCGCUAAGAUGGCUCCUGGUAUUGGCGGCUUUGGAGGGCUUUUUCCUUUAGGUGAUUCAUAUCUUGUUGCUGGCACUGAUGGUGUUGGAACUAAACUAAAGCUUGCUUUUGAAACGGGGAUUCAUGACACUAUUGGAAUUGAUUUGGUUGCUAUGAGUGUUAAUGACAUUAUUACUUCUGGAGCAAAACCUCUAUUCUUUCUUGAUUACUUUGCUACAAGCCGCCUGGAUGUUGACCUUGCAGAAAAGGUGAUAAAAGGUAUUGUGACUGGUUGCCAACAAUCCGACUGUGUUCUUCUGGGUGGUGAGACUGCAGAGAUGCCAGACUUCUAUGCAAACGGUGAAUAUGAUCUCAGUGGGUUUGCAGUAGGCGUUGUAAAAAAAGAUUCUGUUAUUGAUGGAAAAAACAUUGUGGCUGGAGAUCUUCUUAUUGGCUUGCCUUCAAGUGGAGUCCAUUCAAAUGGAUUCUCCCUAGUAAGAAGGGUUAUCGAGCGAAGCGGUCUUUCCUUGAAAAAUAAACUUCCUGUUGGAGAUGUUACACUAGGUGAGGCCUUAAUGGCCCCUACUGUGAUAUAUGUCAAACAGGUACUUGACAUUAUCAGUAAGGGAGGGGUAAAGGGGAUAGCCCACAUCACAGGUGGUGGUUUUACCGAUAAUAUUCCCCGAGUUUUUCCCGAUGGCCUUGGAGCUGUCAUUUACAAGAAUUCAUGGGAAAUCCCAACUGUUUUUAAUUGGAUUCAAGAGGCGGGGAAGAUCGAAGAUGAGGAAAUGAGACGCACGUUCAACAUGGGGAUUGGCAUGGUUCUUGUUGUGAACCAGGAGGCGUCGCAACGAAUACUCAAUGACAACCAUGGAUCUCAGAGUGCUUACCUCAUUGGAGAGGUUGCAGAAGGCGAAGGAGUAAGAUUUUUGUAAUCUCAAUGAAACUUUUGUAUCCAAAAGCCUUGGUUGACAAGGAAUUGAGCAUUUAAACCCAUGAUGUGUUAUGAAACUGAAGGAGACAUCUUUAAGGUCAUGUGCGUUCUUAAAAUAUCACAAUGCUGUGUCAAAUAAGUUGAUAUGUAUGGAUGGUUCAACA